UUAAUUGUCAACAAAAGCAAUCAUCCAAGCUCCCAUUUUUCCACUUUUCCCCAGUUAUUAAACCAAACCAACCAGCUCUAAUUCAUAGCUAAAACAAAGCAAAAAAAAAAGAAAAAGAAAAAAAGAAAAUGAGAACCAAACUCAGCUAUGUCUUUGUGUUUUGUCUCUUGUUCUUUGUCUUCCAUGCCAAUUCCCAACCAAGCACCACAGGCUACACUUGCAAUCUCAACCAGACCACUUAUCCAUGCCAAACCUAUGUUUUUUUCCGAGCUACUGCACCUAAUUACCUUGACUUAGCUUCCAUUGGUGAUCUUUUCAAUAUCAGUCGUUUAAUGAUAUCUGAACCAAGUAAUAUUUCUUCUCCAUCGGCUCCUCUUAUCCCUGAUCAGUUCCUCUUUGUUCCGAUUUCAUGUGCUUGUAACUCCAUAAAUGAUACCAUAGGUAGUCUUUCAGCUGCUAAUCUUACUUAUACAUUCAUAAGAGGUGAUACUUUUUAUCGGGUAUCGACUUUGAAUUUUCAAAACCUUACUACUUAUCAAUCUGUGGAAGUUUUCAAUCCUGAUGCUGUUCCUACCCAAAUUGAAAUCGGUCAAAGAAUUGUGUUCCCAAUUUUCUGUAAGUGUCCUAAUGAAACCCAGAUUCGAAAUGGAGUGAAGUACCUUGUUUCUUAUGUAUAUCAACCGUUGGAUAACUUGUCUGUGAUAGCUUCGAGGUUUGGGAUUCAAACACAAGCUAUAACUGGUGCUAAUAACGAUAGUAUCCAGCCAUAUGAUACCAUAUUCAUCCCUGUCAGUAGGUUACCUGUUUUGUCUCAGCCUGAACCAGCUCCUGUUGCUUCUGGGAAAACUGAGAGGACAGGUGUCAUUAUUGGACUUUCGAUUGGGUUAGGAAUUUGUGGGAUUUUGAUGAUUUUGUUGUUUGUUGUGUUGGUUUAUAGAGAGGUUUUAUCUGGGAGAAGAGGAAAGGAAAGAGAUGAAGAGAAUCAUAGGUUGAAGAUGAACAGGCCUGGGAUGGGGGUUAAGGGGAUUGAAGCUAAUUUAAUGGCGGAUGUAUCAGGUUGCUUGGAUAAAUAUAGGGUCUUCAAAAUUGAAGAACUUAGAGAAGCCACCGAUGAUUUCAGUGACAGUUGUUUGAUUCAAGGAUCUGUUUAUAAAGGUUCCAUUGAUGGAGAUAAUUAUGCUAUAAAGAAGAUGAAAUGGAAUGCUUCUGAGGAGCUUAAGAUCUUACAAAAGGUAAACCAUGGAAAUCUGGUGAAGUUGGAAGGGUUCUGCAUUGAUCCUGAAGACACAAGCUGCUACCUGGUUUACGAGUUCAUUGAAAACGGAUCGCUUUCCUUUUGGCUUCACGAAAACGACAACGAAAAACUGAGCUGGAGAACAAGGUUAAGGAUUGCAGUUGAUGUUGCCCAUGGUUUGCAAUACAUCCAUGAACAUACAAGGCCAAGAGUGGUACAUAAAGACAUCAAAACCAGCAAUAUUCUUUUAGAUGCCAACAUGAGGGCCAAAAUAGCCAACUUCGGGUUAGCGAAAUCCGGCUGCAAUGCAAUAACGGUGCAUAUUGUCGGCACCCAAGGUUACAUUGCUCCAGAAUAUCUUGCUGAUGGGGUGGUGUCGACGAAAAUGGAUGUUUUCUCCUUCGGGGUGGUUUUGCUCGAGCUUGUAUCAGGCAAGGAAGCCAUUGAUGAAGAAGUGAGGCUUCUUUGGGCAAGUGUUGAAGGUGUUUUGGAUGGGAAUGAGGAGAGGAAAGAGAGGCAAGUGAGGGAAUUCAUGGAUGGAUGUUUACUAGAACAGAGUUUAUCAAUGGAAGGUGUGAUGAAUGUUAUGGCUGUUGCCAUUUCUUGUCUGAAUAAAGAUCCCACUAAAAGGCCUAGCAUGGUGGAUAUUGUUUAUGCAUUGUCUAAGAGUGAUGAUUUGGUAUUCGAUGAAUCCGAAGAUUCUUUAUCCGCUCCUCCGGUUGUAGCAAGGUAAAGUAUCGCUCAUGCUUGAGUCAAGGAUCCCAUGUCAGCGAUAUUACCCAUAUCCGACACUCAUUGUAGUGACUAGUGAUACUUGUAGCAUAUACUAGAGAUGGCUGUUCAGCUUGUAUGAUUGUUGGCCCCUUCCUAUUAUUGGCCUAUAAAGUUGUACUUAUAUAUAUAAAAUUUUGAAGUGCUUGAGGUUAUUUUUUACAA